GGCGGGCGGGGCCCGGGUCUGACAGCCGCCGCUCCUCGGUGGGAGCCGGGCGCCCGCCGCCCGCCGCCGCGCCGCGCCGCGCCAUGGGGCUCCUGUCGGACCCGGUGCGCCGGCGCGCGCUCGCCCGCCUCGUGCUGCGUCUCAACGCGCCGCUCUGCGUGCUGAGCUACCUCGCGGGCGUCGCCUGGUUCCUGGCGCUGGCCUUCCCGCCGCUGACCCAGCGCACCUACAUGUCGGAGAACGCCAUGGGCUCCACCAUGGUGGAGGAGCAGUUUGUGGGCGGAGACCGCGCGCGCAGCUUGGCCCGCGACUUCGCUGCUCACCGCAGGAAGUCGGGGGCUCUGCCAGUGGCCUGGCUGGAGCGGACGAUGCGAUCCGUGGGGCUGGAGGUCUACACGCAGAGCUUCUCCCGGAAACUGCCCUUUCCCGAUGAGACCCACGAGCGCUACAUGGUGUCGGGCACCAAUGUGUACGGUAUCCUUCGGGCCCCGCGUGCUGCCAGCACGGAGUCCCUGGUCUUCACUGUACCCUGUGGCCCAGAGUCUACCAAUAGCCAGGCUGUGGGGCUGCUCUUGGCGCUGGCAUCCCAUUUCCGAGGGCAGAUUUACUGGGCCAAAGAUAUCAUCUUCCUGGUGACAGAACAUGACCUCCUGGGCACUGAGGCUUGGCUCGAAGCUUACCACGAUGUCAAUGUCACUGGCAUGCAGUCCUCCCCUCUGCAGGGCCGGGCAGGGUCCAUCCAGGCAGCUGUGGCCCUGGAGCUGAGCAGUGACGUGGUCACCAGCCUCGACGUGACUGUGGAAGGACUCAAUGGGCAGCUGCCCAACCUUGACCUGCUCAACCUAUUCCAGACUUUCUGCCAGAAAGGCGGGCUGCUGUGUACACUUCAGGGCAAGCUGCAGCCUCAGGACUGGACCUCCGUGGAUGGGCCGCUGCAGAGCCUGCAGACACUGCUGCUUAUGGUUCUUCGGCAGGCCUCUGGGCGUCCUCACGGCCCCCAUGGCCUCUUCCUACGCUACCGGGUGGAGGCGCUGACCCUACGUGGUAUCAAUAGCUUCCGCCAGUACAAGUAUGACUUGGUGGCCGUGGGAAAGGCUCUGGAGGGCAUGUUCCGCAAGCUCAACCACCUCCUGGAGCGCCUGCACCAGUCAUUCUUCUUCUACCUGCUGCCUGCUCUCUCCCGCUUCGUCUCCAUUGGCCUCUACAUGCCUGCUGUCGGCUUCUUACUCCUGGUCCUUGGCCUCAAGGCUCUAGAGCUAUGGAUGCAGCUGCACGAGGCUGGAGUGGGUCCUGAGGAGGCUGGCGGGCGCCCCGGCCCCCGUCCUCCGCUCCCCCCGGCACAGAGUGUGGGGCUGGCCUCCCUUGUGGCGCCUCUGCUGAUCUCUCAGGCCAUGGGCCUGGCCCUCUACAUCCUGCCCGUUUGGGGCCAGCAUGUGGCUGCCCAGCACUUCCCAGUGGCUGAGGCAGAAGCUGUGGUGCUGACGCUGCUGGCUAUUUACGUGGCUGGCCUGGCCCUUCCACACAACACCCACUGGGUGGUGAGCGUACAGACCCCGGACAGGGGCUGGAUGGCCCUGAAGUUGGUGGCCCUGAUUUACCUAGCACUUCAGCUGGGCUGCAUCGCCCUCACCAACUUCUCACUGGGCUUCCUGCUGGCUGCCACCAUGGUGCCUGCUGCUGCACUCGCCAAGCCCAGCGGGCCCCGGCCCCUCUAUGCUGCCCUGCUGGUGCUCACCAGCCCAGCGGUCACGCUCCUGGGCAGCUUGUUCCUGUGGCGGGAACUGCAGGAGGCGCCGUUGUCGCUGGCUGAGGGCUGGCAGCUCUUCUUGGCAGCUCUGGCCCAGGGCGUGCUGGAGCACCACACCUAUGGUGCCCUGCUCUUCCCACUGCUGGCCCUGGGCCUGUACCCCUGCUGGCUGCUCUUCUGGAAUGUGCUCUUCUGGAAGUGAGGUCUGCUGCCUAGGCACACUCACAGUUAAGGGCAGGGUCCCUUACACCUCCUUUCUACCUCUUUCUGGGAAAUAAACAAGUGCUGUGUUUCAA